UUUCCAUGGCGGCGGCUGUGGUAGCUGAGGGUCCCGUGCUAUGGCGGCGGCUGCUAGAUUAUUUGCCCCGUGGGAGACCUGUUUUGGCCGCACUGCUCGGCCGACUCUCAGACCGCUUGACCCGAGGUCGCGAAAGCCGUGCUCGCAGGUCAUCAUGGCUGCUGUUGGCCCCACUGCUCUCUCCUGCUGUUCCUCAGCAAACAGCCCUGCCUUGUUGCCUCUGCCCAGAGGGAUUACAUAGGUUUCACUGGAUCAGAAAUUUAGUCCCUCACUUUGGAAUUGCCAGCUCCCAUGUCAAGGUGCUUUCAUCCCCAACUGAAUUCUACGAACUUAUGAAGGGACAGAUAAAGAUGGCCAAGCAGCGAGUAGUUUUGGCUUCACUCUACCUUGGAACGGGACCAUUGGAGAAGGAACUAGUGGAUUGCAUUGAAAUGGCUUUGGAGAGGUCCUUGCAGGGAUGUGGGCCUUCCAAUCUUAGAGUAUCCAUUCUAUUAGACUUCACAAGGGGAUCUCGGGGCCGGAAGAACUCUCGGACCAUGCUCCUUCCACUCCUGAGGAGGUUUCCAGAGCAGGUCCGCAUCUCUCUCUUUCACACUCCUAAUCUGCGUGGUCUUCUCAGACUCCUGAUCCCUGAACGUUUCAAUGAGACCAUCGGGUUGCAGCAUAUCAAGGUCUAUCUCUUUGAUGAUAAUGUGAUCUUGAGUGGAGCCAACUUGAGUGACUCCUACUUCACCAAUCGUCAAGAUCGCUAUGUGUUCCUACAAGACUCACCUGAGAUUGCAGAUUUUUUCACUGAGCUAGUAGAUGCUGUUGGGGAUGUGUCCUUGCAGUUACAGCAAGAUGAUACAGUCAAAGUGAUGGAGGGGAUGGUGCAUCCUUACCAAGGUGACAAGAUGGCUUAUUGUGAAGCAGCGAAUAGGAGAGUGAUGGAAGUGAUCAACUCUGCAAAGACCAGGCAAGAGCAACUACAUACUCAGACUUUCCAUAGCAACCAUGCAAAAGGAGAAAUUCCAUUGUCCAAAGAUCCAAAGGCAGUUGGUGAUGUCCAGCCUGAACCCGACACAUGGAUUUAUCCACUAAUACAGAUGAAACCGUUUGGGAUUCAGAUAGAUGAAAUUGUCACAGAGACCCUCCUGAUGGAAACAGAGCGGGGUGCCAAUGUAUAUCUCACCACAGGCUACUUCAACCUCACGCAAGCCUAUAUGGACCUGAUUCUAGGCACCAGGGCAAAGUACCAGAUCCUCCUAGCCUCACCAGAGGUCAAUGGGUUCUUUGGGGCCAAGGGAGUGGCAGGUGCCAUCCCUUCUGCCUAUGUCCACAUUGAGCGACAGUUCUUCAGCGAGGUGUGUUGUCUGGGUCAACAAGAGAGAAUCCGGUUGCAGGAAUAUUGUAGGAAUGGGUGGACGUUCCAUGCUAAAGGCCUCUGGUUGUACCUGGCAGGAAGCAAUCUACCCUGCUUAACUCUGAUUGGCUCUCCUAAUUUUGGGUACCGGUCGGUCCAUCGGGACCUAGAAGCACAGGUUGCAAUAGUGACAGAAAACAAAGCCCUACAGCAGCAAUUCCAUCAGGAGCAGGAGCAACUUUAUUUGCGUUCUGGUACAGUGUCGGCCUCGACCUUUGAGCAGCCCAGUCGCUAUGUUAAGCUGUGGGUGAAGAUGGUGACACCUCUGAUUAAAAACUUCUUCUAAAAAAAAAAAA